UGUUUCGCCAUCUAUGUAUGCUCCGCCAUAUAUACAUCAUGCUCCCAUGCACUUCAUUCCACCCGAUGGAUACUUACCUUCGCCGACGAUGCCUGCACCUGUAAAUAAUAUGAAUAGUCAUCAAUCUUACCUCGAUGGUGCAUCGAACACUGCUGCUUCUGCUGCACCUACGCCUUUGGUAAUCACGGAUGGUCAGUUAGCUCAGAUUGUGAGUGCGCUUAGAACGCAACCUGCUACUGUUGGAGGUAAUUUUGCCAGGUGUACUGCACGUUUUGAUGGAACGGGAGAUAUACAAGCUUUUGUGGAUGCUAUUCUUAUAUAUAAAGAAUGUGUUAGUAUCUCAGAUGAAAUAGCGCUUCGUGGUAUACCAAUGCUUUUAACAGGUUUCGCAGCAACCUGGUGGCAAGGGAUCAAGCACUCUGUGAUGACCUGGAAUGAAGCGAUACAACUACUUCAAGGUACCUAUGGAGUUCAGUUACCGCCACAUAAGGUGUAUAGACGCCUGUUCGAACGAGAACAAGGAGACGAAGCUACUGAUAUUUUUGUAACUAAAGCGAGAGCGCUGAUUAGUCAGCUGCCGCCAAAUACGCUUUCAGAAGAAACUCAGCUGGACAUGGUUUAUGGUCUACUUAGUUGUCAUAUACGAGAGAAAGUACCUCGAACAUCGUUUUCAUCAUUUGCCGAACUGCUUCAGAAAGCACGCAUUGUUGAAGAACUGUAUGCAGAAGGCCAGCAGACGCCUGUCACAUCGACGAUGUCAACACCCAGUAAAUUAGCCUUCUCGACACCCGCUGCUGCAUCUAAGGGUCCCGUUAUGAAGAAAACCAGACCGAGAUGCGGGUAUUGUAAACAAUUUGGUCAUAAAACAGAAGGAUGUCCGAAAGGACAGAGACAAAGAGGUAAGCAAGAGGGAAACACUAAGGAAUAUUCUCCACCUCCAACAAUUACAUGUUAUGGCUGUGGUGCGCCGGGAGUGAUCCGUUCAAAUUGCCCCACGUGCAAGAAGCGGCCGACCAUACCAGUAACGGCAUCAACAUCAUCCACUGCUUUCCAAUCGGUUGCUGCCUUGGGAAAUAAGGAUAUAGACCCACGAGCACGCCCGAAACUUGAUGUUGAGAUAUAUGGUGAAUGUGGUACCGCUUUAAUUGAUACCGGUGCAAAACAAUCUAUAGCUAGUAAAAGUUUAUAUACAUUUUUAAGAACUCGAAAUCAUGUGUUUAGUUUUGUAAAUACUAAUGUUAAAUUAGCCGAUGGCUCUAGUAAAUUAAUGAAUGUUGCAACCACUAAGGUUGAUGUAAAGGUUCAGGGUAUAAUUAUACCAACUGUGUUUAUAGUAUUACCCGAUGCUACAGACUCCUUAUUAGGAAUGAACUUUAUACAGGAAGCUGGUAUGAUACUGAAUUUUGAAAGGCACUUGUAUACUCUUAAAUCUGAUUCUAGGCACUUCAACCUUAGGUAUGAGGCGAUUGAUCCAGUGGGUGAGAUCGUACGAACAGCUUCAGCCAUCGUUCUUCGUGACGAGGAAGGUGCGUUCCUCUCAGCUUCGGAACGGGGAGUCAUUUAA